AUGGAAGCGAAGGUGAAGGAGGAGGUCCCUGACAAGGACUAUCAGCCCUCAACCACCGAGAGCAGGAAACCGCCGGCAGGCAAGGAGCACCGCUCACCAGAACAGGAGGAAAGUCGUUCAUCCCCCACCCCGGGGCCCCCCAGUCCUCAAAACAACGGCACAGCAGCUCUAUCCUCCACGGAAUCCCUCUCCCCACCGCUGGGCGAAGCGCGAGCGCCGGCUUUACUCCGUCUACGGCGCUUCCUAUCGGCGUUGCUGCAGUUCGCCAGCGACGUCGGCGCUGACACCGCCGAGCGUGUCAAACACCUCAUAUACAACCUCGCGUCAGGAACGAUCACGAUCGAGGAGUUUCAAACAGGCGUGCAAGAGUGCACCAACUACCCCCUCCGGGCUUCCGUUCCAGGUUUCCUGCGAGCCCUAUUACCAGCAGCUCAGAGAGACCUGCACGCCAGGGCCAGGAGGGCUAAACAGACUCCACUGCAAUACGUGCGCGCACACGAACACCUAAUCCUAGAGUCGGGCGGCGACGGUGGCGACAUCUUUGCUCAGCCCGGCGACUCGCUGAAAAGACGCGCCAGCGAUCCGUUCUACGAACAAACCAACGGCUCCGAAGACUUCCCCCCGCACGCGAAGCGCCCUCCCCCCUCCAGCCUGUUCCUCAAUCCCUCCCCCUUCUUAUAUCCCCUCCCUAGCAACGCCAGCCUGUUCGACUACGGACAUUACCAUGGGUACCAUGGAGGGCAAGAAGGUGGUUUUGAGAGGAGAGAUGGCGGCAUCAGCGUCCGCGACGUGUCCUCAAUGAACGCGUCGUUCCCCGAGCGACUCAACCCGUCGCUGCUGAAGUCUGAUGACGAGUGGAAGAACAUAAACACGAUGCUCAACUGCAUACUCAGCAUGGUCGAGAAAACGAAGCGGGCUCUGGCUAUACUGCAGCAACGGGGAGUAGAGCCCACAGAAAGCAAUGAUAUCAAACGAGCUGCCAGCGAGAUCAUGGCACAAGCAGUCAGACAGACAGAGGAGAGGGUGGCGGAGGUACGGCGACGGGCAGAGGAUGCUGUGAACCAAGUGAAGCGGCAAGCGUUAGUGGAGCUCCAAAGAGCGGUGGGAGCGGCCGAGGCGCGCGCUCUGGAGCUGGUGGCCAAUGAGCGCAAGGAGCGCCGCAGCCCCGCGCCCGCGCCCAGCCCUCCACAGCAGAACUGCUGCUGGAACUGCGGUCGCAAAGCGCAAGAGACCUGCUCAGGGUGCAACUCAGCGCGGUACUGCGGCGCCUUCUGCCAGCAUAAGGACUGGGAGAGCCAUCAUCAGGUUUGCGCCGGCCGCGACCAAAAGCCCACCGCACUCCGCACCUCACCACCAGCCACGCAGCCCACGCUCCCCAACAUGCCUACUCUACCCACUUUGCCCACUCUGCCCAGCCUGCCCAAGCCCACACGGGCCCCGACCCCGGACAACCGACUAUCCCUAACAACCCUUAACUCUGCCGAGCGACUCCAUACGAAUCAGGAUAGGAGCCUAACUUCCACAAGUAAUGAUAGGAUCGCGCUUGCAACGUUGUCUACUGCACAGGGAAUUAUAUCGAGCAUUGGAAAGAAAUGACGCCUUAAUAAGGAGGUCAAAAUGCCGAGAAAAGGUAGGAAAUAAAUUGAAGU